UGGCGCGCGAGCGAUUCGCAGUGAGGCGGGGAGCUUGAGGCAGUCGCGUCUCUCCUCUCGCCUUCUGCUUCCUCCUUUGUUUCCUUCCGUGAGACGGACGGUCUGCGUCGAGGCUGGCGACGUAGCGAGUGAGGAGAAACGACGGCGAUCUUCUCCAGUUUCCUGCGGCUCCGCUCUACGCGAAAAUGCGAUCUGUGGGGUCCUGCGGCAACGAAGAGAAGGAAGUCAGCGGGUAGAAGGAAGAAAGAACUAAAGAGAGAAGAAGAGAGAAAGAGAGAAGAAGAGAGAAGGAGAGAAGAAGAGAGAAAGAGAGAAGAAGAGAGAAAGAGAGAAGAAGAGAGAAAGAGAGAAGAAGAGAGAAAGGGAGAAGAAGAGAGAAGGAGAGAAGAAGAGAGAAAGAGAGAAGAAGAGAGAAAGAGAGAAGAAGAGAGACCAGCUAUGGGCUCGCUCGCCCGCUCUCGAGGCGAAAAAAAAGGCUCCGGGAAGCCGGAAGAGCCUUUCUUCCGCAGCGGCGGCGGAACUUCGAUUUUUGAGUGACCUGUGAAAGAAGGAGCCAAGAUGCUUCUCGCGAAGUCUUUCCAUCCAUUCAAUUCAACCUCUUGCUGCGUUUCUCCAUGCCUGAACGAAGAGAGCGAAGCCACAAUGACGAGACACAGGGAGGCGCCGAGAGAAACUUCUUGUUCUUCUUCUUCCUCUCCCCCUUCUUCGUCUCUGCCCUGGACACCGGCAGAGCUGUGGUGGAUCCUGGAAGAGACACUGCACCGUCUCAGGAAGCUCCACAGGUCUGCUUCGUCUGCGGCCGCUGCCUCGCCUACUCUUUUGCUUGCGCCUCGCGAGGCUCUCCAUCUCUCUCUUCUUCUGCGUCUCGCUCUUUCGACUUCUUCUGCUCUCCUCUCCUCCUCUACGCGGGGGAAGUCUGCCUGUCUCUGCCCUCAACACCCGACCGACGCAUCGGGUUUCUUGCGCCCUCUCGACGCGCUUCCUUUUUUACGAAACCACAUAACCUUCCUUUUGACUGUCGGCGAGCGUGAGAUUCGCACAGCCAUCAGGCUUGUGCUAGCGAGGCGAGCGCUUCAGUUUCGUCCGACAACUUCCUCCCUGGACGACUCUCUCUUUCCGGAGUCUUGGCUCGGGGCCUUCACCUCUUCUCCUCUUUCUCGAGAAAGAAAACCUCCUCUUGCCGCCUUCGCGCGAGACUUGAAAAGUCUCCUCGCGGCCGUUGACGCUCUCCACUGCUCUUCGCUCGCGCUCUGCAGGCCAGCUGCCACUGAGCGCGUUUCUCUCUUGCCUGCCUCCGCUGAAGCUCCUCCGAGUGUCUCGCUGGCUGCUGCCAGCAGCCUCGUCGCGUCUGCGGCCGCUCUCCUUCGGGCGUUUUCUCUCUCUGCAUGUCGUCGGAGGUCGGCAGGAAGAGGACAGCAGGCUCUCAGUUCCUGGUCCAGACACGACGCCUCCCGACGGACGGCGGUGGGACUCGACGAAGCUCCGAGUUGCUUCGACGCAGGCGAGAACGACGGAGUCGGCUUUGAGGCAGAACAUCUGCAGGCGCUGUUUGGUCUCUGCUCCCAGUGUCUGGAGCUUUUCCUCUCCACUGCUUCUCGGCUACGCGCGCGCCCUCAUGGUUCCUCCCAGCUCUUCUUGCUGCUCUGUCAAGUACCGCCGACCGCCGCUGCUUCUUCCUCAGCUUCUUCCUCAGCUUCUUCCUCAGUGUCUGCCUCCGCUUCUGUCUGUUCGAGCGACGCUUCUGUUGCUCCCGGAGCUGGCGGAGGCGAGAAGACAGAGGCGCCUCUCCUCUGGCUGCUGCUAUUUGUGCAUGGACUGGCGCAUGCAGUCCAGUUGGAGGUGGACACUGUCCUCGAUCUCGCGUCUCAGGGGAAAGACAGCGCAGCGGUUGCCGACGGUCCGCGAGCAGCGAAGGCGAAGAGGACCGAAGAAGACGCAUGCGCUAGUUGGGGAGAGAAGAAGAAAAAGCGCAAGACGUAUCGCGACGCCUCGGCCGAAGAGGAGGGGAGCGCGACAGCAGGAGACGUGGAGAGGAAACACAGGUUGACGAAGGCGGACGCUUCGCGCUGGGAGCCGCAGAACGCUUGGUCGCUCUCGUCUUUGAACACCGCGGCAAAGAACCUCCAGUCUCGCAUCGCCUCCGUCGUCUCUCUCCUCGUGACUCCGGAACAUAUUCAAGCGUAUCUGUCUCUUCUGCAGCUCUCCUCCUUUUCAGGGUUUGUGCAAGCGGAGCUGAGCAGCCAGGAGGCUGCCCUCGAGAGAGCUUCUGCGCAGCUGCUGCGAGCCGCGAGCGACAGAGAGAGGAGCAACAAAGAGAAGGAAAGACAGCGAGCGCCGGCGCAACAAGCCGCGGAGAGAGGUCAGAAGAACGGACGGAAGGAGAAGGGCAACGCUCGCGCAAGGCCUCAGGACAAGCCUCCGUUCGUGAAGCCCCUUCUGGACUGUCUUGCGUGGACUGCAGAUCUGCAAGCCGCGCUCGAGAGAGAAACGGACGGUGGACAUGAAGACGCGGGAGAGACCCUCACCUGCGAGCAAGAAGACUCGUGUGUCUCCGCAGCUUCUCUCCUCUCGCCGAACUCGAUGGCUGCUCUCCUCGGAGAUCAACUGGCGGCCGUUGGGCUGUUCCUUCUCCUCCCUUCCCUGGCUUCGCAGUUGAUGACGCAGGUCGCUCAUGCACUGGAGCAGAGCGAUGUGAGUGCCUCUUCGGCUUCGAGCACAGACCGCGGCGAUGAGAAGGCGCCUUCUUCGGGGGACGCGGAGUCGCCGCGGGGGUGUCGGCCUCCCGUCAAAGCCUUCAGCGUUUUUCUCCUGUUUGCACAAGUUCUCUCGCCUGUGCAGAUCCUCCCUGCGUCUCGCGAUCCCAUAUGCACUGCGCUCGUCGGAGGGAGACGCCAGACGCACGCGUUGAAGGCAAACGGAGACACCCUGCAGGGAAAAGAGACACAGAGACAGGCCAGACGAAGCCGCGCAGACGCACUUCUGCAGGACAUCAAAAUCAACUCCCUUGUCCUCCUGUGGCGGUUCAUCGCGACAGCCUCCUCGCCGCCGCUGUUGUCUCUGCGCGACGACCCUCUGCGCCUUCAACAUGACAGCCUGACGAGCUUUGCAUGCUCUGUGGUUUCCGCGAUUCAUUCUCUUCUCUCGCGACUUGAGCAAGCGAGACCAUUUGAGGUCUGUGGGUCUUCGCCUUCUUCUGUUCUGAAAGUCGAGAGAGCGAGCGAAGCGCGUCAGCUGCAGCGUCUCUGGGAGGGUCUCUCUCUCGUGGUCCAGUUCAUUCCUUCGUUCACAGAAGAUCGCCUUCUCCUCCCCCUUUUCUCGCUCAUGGAGCGCGAAGGAGAUCUUUUCCUCCCGCGCAUCUGGCAGGGAAACGUCUGGGCAACACUCUGCUCUCCUGUCUCCUCUUCUUGCUCUCCUUCCUCGUCUUGUGCCUCUCUUCAGGGUCUCUCUUUGCCCUGCGAGUCUUUCCUCUCUGCGUUGUUCCACCUGUUCGCGUCUCUGCACGAUCUCCCGAGUCUGCUUUCUCGUCUGCGCGCCUGGCUCUCUGUCUCGGAGUCGUCUGCGACCGUCAGUGAGGAGGCUGGUUUCUUGGCGAUGAAAAGGAACGUACGGACCGAGAAGGAAGCUGCGGGUGUGGCGGGCAACGCAUGUGCUCAGCAGCUUCUCCGGAGCCUUGCUGAGCUGCAGCGAGAAGGCGGCGAACGACUGGAGCAGAAGCAGAACGAGGAAAAGGACAACUGCAGAAGCGUCAGACGCCCCGGCGCCCAUACCGCUUCGAAGCGGCUCUUUUCUGGCGCGUUUCUGCUCUCUUCCGCCGUGCUAAAUCAAGUUCAAAGUCUCGCGAAAAACGUCUUGCCUGCCCAGCUUGCUCUCACAGCGUCUCACUUCCUCGCCCUCGUGACGGCGACGGAGGAGGCGUUUCUCGCCGACGCUGCCGCUGCAUGCGACAAGGCGAGUGACGCGGGCAAAGCGCUGGUCCGACACAGAGCGAAAGACUCCCCAGGCGAGAAAGCAAAGAGAAAGAGAGAAAGGACCGGCGCCGCCUCAGAAGUCGAGACGGCGCUGGCGGCGGGGCAGGAGGAUUCGCUUGUGGCGAGCCGCGACGAAGGCGGUGCAGCGAGUGGGCGAGACAAGGACCGAGUCUCCGUCUGCGUUGCUCGGCUCCUUCUCGCUGCGUUUCUCCGAGGCCUGCAGGACUUGCGCCUAGCGGGAGCUCACCGACACCAGCUGGCACUGAGGAACCUGGAGGCCGUUCAUCCGGCUCUUCUUGCCUUUUGGAGGAAGGCGGCGGCGGCGGCUUUCUCCUCCGAACUUGCGGGGGCCUGUACACAAUUGCGCGGACUCGACGUCGAGUCUUCUGCUUCUCGCGGGAGCGAGAAACUCCCUCAUCUACGGCCCAGCGGAGGCGUCGAGCAACUGUGGGUCACAGCUGAAAACGCGCUGCUGCUCGCGCUGGGGGGCGUCGCGCUUCUUUUGAAGGCCUACGAGGUGCAGGGGCAGUCGCUGGAGGAAGGCGGCGAAGCGGGUGGAGAGAGAAGAGCGUCCAACGGCGAGCUUCCAGAAGACGCGAGAGACAAGCGAACAGACGGAGAUGAGGACGAACGAGACGCCGGCGAGGCGAGUCUCGUGCUGCCUGCGCCGCCGUCCGGUGCCGACAGGGCAAAGGAGACUCUUCGCGCCCAGCGCAGCCUGGAGGUGGAGCUUGAGCGGCGACUUCUUCGUCUAGCUGGAGAGCUUGGGAGAAACACUGGUGCAGAUGCUUCAGAGAGAACGGUCGAGGCGCAACAUGGAAAGAAAAUAAAGGGUGUUGGAAAAAAGAGAAUAACGAGAGAAGCUCUUCCACCUGCCUCCACCGUUGCCUUCGCCUUCUCGUCCAGCGAUGUGACGUCUCCAACGCUGCAUGCCGUCCAAGCAGGCCUCGUCUACCUUCUGCUGGCGGAUAAGAGAGAAACGGCGUCCUCUUUCGCUUCGUUUUGUGGCGGCUUUUCCGAAGACGCUCUGAAAGGCCGUGGAGACGGGGAUCGGCGACGCGUUGCCUUCUUGCUUCUCCGUUGUUUGGCCUCCCGAGAAAGACGCGUGCGGGCGAAUGGAGGCGCUCUGCUGAGCUCCCCACGCUCAGGAGACACCGAGGGAGACUCCUUGUUGCUCAGUCACCUUCCCCUUCUUCUCAGAGCGCUGGGAAGCCGCUGCGACAGCUUCGGCGUCGUCCCCAGUAUCUCUUGUGUCACCAUUGUCUCCGGUGUCUCCUCGGCAUCGCCCUGUCUCUUCGAGGCGACUGGCGGGAGGCGAGGCGACCUCACUGCAGCCGGCGAGUGGCUUGGCGCCGCGCAAGCAGUCCUCGCCUUGUGGUGUCAAGCGGAGAGACGAAAGGAGGCCGAUGGCCAUGGGGAGUUUCCGGCGGCUGCUCUCAAGGCCGUCCUGGACAUCCAGGCCUUCCAGCCUUUUCUGUUGCUCGCGCUGGCGGAACAAUUGAGGGAGACGCGGGAGCGUUUCGCUUCGUUGCAUGCACGCAACUUGGCGGAGCUCUUGGAAGCCGCAGGCUCAGAGCGGGAUGAGAUGGAGGAGCGCAAAAUCAAGAAGAAGAAAAAGAAGGAAGGAAGGACUGAAACACCUCGUGAGAUCGAGGAGGAAGAAAACACAGAGGAACCAGGCGCGGGAUGCACAGGGGAUCUGUUGCCGGGGACAGAAGAGUCUGCCUCUGCAAAUGCCAAGACGCCCGACGGAAGCAUGUGUGGGGUCCUCAGAAACGCUGCAGCCGACCUUCUUCUCCGCGUUCGCUUCUUCCUCGACCUCCCGCCGCUCUACGUAUCUCUCGCUCUGAAGCUCCCGCCUCGUCUGGCAGACAGUGAGGUUUCCUUUGAGUCCCAAGAAGGCAAGAAAGAAGCCGAAGAGGCCUUGCCCCUUCUCCGCGUUCAACGCGAACUGUGGCUCUCGCUCCUGGUCGUGCUGCAGAUACGUCAUGCCCAUUUCGACUCCUGUGACCGCUGUUCUUUCUCUUCUCUGUCUGAGGCCACCGCCUUAUGGCGGCAUUCAAAUUUUCGCUCUGCCUCCUCGCCCUCUUCCUUCUCUCCAGAGGCCCCUGAGGCGCCUGUCCCUCGCGGCGCUUUUCCAUCAUUGGAGCUUCUUCUCCUUCGGUCCCUAGCUCGAGCAGCGACAUCAGGCUCUCAGGUGCAUGCAGCCGAUAGCUUGGCUGUGCUUCUGACAACGCCCUGCGAUCCACGACGAAUCGUGUCUCCUUCUCCUCCUUUUUCGUCUCCUUCGUCUUCUUGUCUCCGUCUGCCUCGCGGUGCGGACUGCUGCCUGGGAGCAGGCGCGCUCAUCGAUGGCUUUCUGCGGCUUCUCGAGACGGUCUAUGAGCAGGACAGGACUUUCGCUGCAUUCCUGGAGCAGGGUGAGGACGAAACGCAUGCACAGCUGGGUGAAGCGCUGGGAGAUCUCAUCUGGGCUGUCAGCGGGACGACGGCCUCUCCUCGCGCGGCUGAAGACGAAGGCGACAGACGCGCCAGGAAGAAAGAGAAGAAACAGAGGCGCGAACGCGAGCAGAGUCGACGCUGCGAAGACCGCAGCGCUGCGGAAGUCUUGCUGCUGCAUCUGUGCUCGUCCGUCCUCGACGUCGCAGCUCCUAGUGAGGGCGGGUCGCCGGCGCACAGUGCGAAGCGGGAGAAACGCGAGAAGAAAGCGAAGAAAACGUCAGAGCGUCUGUGGGGUGAUCCGGGAGACACGGAGACAAGCGAAGGUCUAGAAGAGAGACUCCAUCGUCGUCGUGGAACUGUUGAGGCAGCUGCCGCCUUUGUCGCCCAACACCUGACGUCUUCCUCCCCAUUUGCAGUCAAAGGCAAGUUGCCCCAUUUCUCGUCUUCCUCAAAGUCGGAUUCUUUGUCUUCUUCCGCGUCGGCAUUCUCGACUUCGUCCUCGUCUGGUGCAUUGGUGUCGGUAUCUCGGUCACUGGUCCUGAUUGCAUGCAUCCGACAGCUCGCGUCUCAAGUAGCUGCGUGGGGAGAGGCGAAAGGAGAGAAGGCGCCAAGACGAAAAGCAUCUCUUUCGAACAACUCUGUUCGACGCGAGCGGGAAGCUGCAGAGGCCGCUGGAGGCGCGAAACAGAGCUCGACAGGCGAGGAAGGAAGACAGCAGUGCUCGCAUCUGGUUGCGCGGUUCCUAAAUGUUGUCGCCAGGCGCCUGACGCCUCACGCGCUUCUUCGGUGCAUGCUCCGGCACCACACCGCCCUCUGUGCUUCGCAGCCUCUCGCGGGUCCCAGAGACAAGCCAGCAGUUGAGGAGGAGGAAGUCUCCUCAAAACGCAAGAGAGAGAAGAAGCUCGACUGCGAGAGAAGCGAGGAUAAGUUCGAUCACGACAAACGAGAGGAACUCAUGAAGAUGCACAGUGGCCUGUCUCUCUGGACGCUUCGGCUUGCCUCGCGAAUCCUGUCGCUCCUCACUUGGUUCCUCCAUCCCUCUGCUCUUUCUUCCGUGGAGGUCGCACAGACAGAAGUACGUCGGCCCCCGGACGAAAAGGAGGAGGAGGAGAGACAACGCGCGGCUGCGGCGCUCGCGGCGUUCGCCUCUCUGAACGCACAGGAAGGAGAAGAAGAGGCUGCUGAAGAGCCAGAAGAAGACGAGUGUUCUCGAGCAGGAGCCGGUGCAGAUCCGCGGCGCAGCGAUGACUCGAAGGAGACGAACAGCGCGUGCGAACAGCGGCCUUCACCCUCAGAUAUCUCGAGUUUUCUCUCGUUUCUUGGCGACUGUUUCCGCCUCCUUCGAAGUCGCGAAAAUCAUGCGAGAGAAGACAAGGACGACGUUGUGCUGCGUUGGUCUUUUCUUCGCCUUUCGCCUGCCUCUCCGGCUAUCUCGCUGCCCUUUCAAGGUUCCAGUUCGCUUCGGAGAAUGUCCUUGCCUCCGUCUGGCUUCCCUCGCGCUUGCGCGUCUCAAACCGCGGAGGGAAUGCAGAACGGCGAAGCAUGCAAGCAGACGCUAGCUCAGCUCGCUGUCCGGGUGUCAGAAAACAUCACGAGACAUGCGCUGUCGCAGAUGCUUCUCUUCUUCUCCUCGCUGUGGGGCUCCGCCGCCCGGCGUCCACGCGCCUGGCGGGACGCGAAAAAAAAAGUUGAAAUGAAGGCUGAGUGCCGGGGAGAGGACCGAAACUUUGCUGCGGACGACGCGGAAGACGCAGAGGGCGAAGAAGAGAACUGCGUAGUGACGAAGGACGAAACAUCUCAGCACGACGCCCAGUGGUUCCGACAAACGCACCAGUUAGUCGACUUGCUCCUGCAGGUGACAGCUCAAGAAACGACUGAGUUGACUGUUUCGUCUGCGUCAUCGCCGAACGCGACAUCGCUGCAUGCACGCGACGGAACUCGGCGCGAAGAAGCGGGAGAGAGAGACGGUGGAGACGUCCGCAGACGUGGAGGCGACAACCACACCAAACGCAUACAGCUCAGAGAACCUCCUGCUGUCAGAUGUUGGCGAGCACUGAUGCAAGAUCUACCGGCGCCUCUUUUGCUCCAGAUUCUCUGUCACCUCCAGCAGGUUGCUGCUUCUGCCGUCGCAAGUCUGUCGCCUGCCUCUUCUGCUGGCAACGGUCCUGUCUCUCGUCUCCUCGCUUCAACGCAAGCCGCAGCCGUGGCAGAGGCUCUCGUUUCUCUGCUCAGCGAAAGACAAGAGUUGAUUCGCUGUCUCCGUCACACGUUUCUCCGGAGUCCGUCUGCCUCGUCUGUCUCUUCUCUUUCUUCUCGCCGCGCUCCGCCUCUUGUCGACCUUCUCUGCCUGACACUCCAGACGCUGCAGGCGGCGUUUGCAUGUGUGCCUCGGGGCGACUUCCGGGCCUGCGUUCGCUGGGAAGGCCUUGGGGAGCCUGCUGAAAGAGAGGGAAAUCAAAGCCGUGGGGACGCAGGAGACAGCGAGACAGCUGUCUCCUUCGGCUUCCAGAGAGACUCUUUUAACCGCUGCGGCGAACAUCAACUCGCCAUUCAACAGCGCUUCUGCCGACGACUCGGACAGGCUGCAUGCGCUCUCGCGGGAGCGACGAUCUUCCUUGCUGCAGAGGCCAAAAAGCGCCUUCGACUUCCGGACAAGAAGGAAAACUUGGAGACAGGCGUGCAUGCGUCUUCUGUCGGGGCGUUUGCGCCUCUCGAAGCUGUGACUUCUCAAGUCUCUCGCGGGGCGCGGCUCUUUGCGGAUCUUCUUUCCGAGAGCGUUGCGACUCAUGCGUCUCCCCACAAGUCUCCCUGUGUCCGCCGGCGCGCUUCGCGCCUCCACCGAGAUCUUCUGGAGGCUUUGCUCUCUCAAGCGGGUCCUCAGCUCCACUCGCUGGUUCUUCUCCUUCUUCUUCAUCCUCGGCUUCAGCAUCAGUACUUGGAAGGCGUCGUGGGAAGUCUCUUUGGAGAUCUGCUGCGACUGCUGCCUCUUGCGCCGGAACUCUUCGUCUCGACGAGUUUGGUGGAUUUCCUUGGGCGGUCGUUGGAGCGCCUCAACCACUCCAUGGCUUCCGGAACGAGUUCCCAGUCUGUCAAGCACUCGAUUCGGCGGCUGCUUCUGCUUCUCUCGUCGGAGAUUGUCUCCGUUUCUCACUCUCUGAAUCUGUUCGUUAUGCAGCUUUCCUCCAACACACUUUCUCCUGUCUCUUUUCUUUUCGACGAUCUCGAAGACGACGUCGAGGAGGAACGAAUAUCUCAGCAAGGCUCUGGUGGGGACAGGGCCGUUCGGUCUGUGUUGCCUUCGCCUGAUGCAACUCCUGACGCGGUCGAUCGAGGUGAAGAAAAGGGAGACUCUCAUCUAGACGAGAGACAUUUAGCGCGACCGGAAGGUGGCGCAUCUGGGGCGGACCUGCGGCUGACGAUGGAAGGCUAUUUGCUUCGCAUGCUUGAAGACGAAGGGCAGAUGGCAGGAGCUACCAGCAGCUUCAGAGCCGCAGGAGCGACAGAAUCAGACAAGGAAGAACGGCGAUGGAUCGCGAAGCAAAUGCGCAGUGCUGCGAACUGUCGAAAAAAACACAGCGUUUUGAAACGCGUCCAAAAUCUCCAAGAGGCUCUAGUGCCGGUCCUGCAUGCAGCGCUAGAAGGUGUCACAUCGGGGGGCGAGAGAGCCGAAGACGAACUCAACUUCGUUCUGGCUAGCAUUGUAGACAGCCGCACGAGAAACCAAGUGUUGGACGCCAUCAAACAGUUCCAGCAAUUCCACAAAUUCAAAGGAAAGACGUAAAGACUCUCCCACAUGUCAGCAAACAAGGAUGUCUGACGUGGACUUUUGAAAACAUCCAAGGAA